UUCUAAUCCUUUCAGUAACAGUGAGAAUAUUCAGACAUGGAUCGGACAAGUGACUUACUUAGGAUUCAUGUGUCCGUUUUUAACUUUUUCGGAGUGUGGCGGUCAGAGGAUAAGAAAAAGGACCUUCUGAAUUACUUCCGAGCCUUUUUCUUCAUGGUGUGCUUAGUUUCGUUGUCAACAGUUUUAAUGUUUGUGUCCAGUUUUCAACAAACUGAGUUUGUGGAGAUAAUCAUAACCCCGCUGUAUACCGGGAAUGCAGUGCUGACCAUGGUCAAAACACUAAUCUUCUAUAUAAAAACCGAAAAAAUUAAAAAUUUCCUAAGCAAACUCGAUAAAAUACCGUUUUUCACAGAAGUUGGAGAAAAAGAUACGAAAAUUUCGACAGUACGGAAAAUCAAGCUUCUACCAAAAAUAUUGGGAGUUUUAUUAACUUCUCUAUGUUCAUCGGUAUUGUUGACUCCUGUCAUCCUUGGAGAAAUUACAACAGUUCGAACACUCCCCAAUUGGUAUCCCUUCGAAUGGGAAGGAAAGGUUGGGCUAUGUUCGGUCCUAUUUAUAUUCGAGUUUUCCGCCUCUUUCACUUACAUCAUUUUGCACUUAACUGCGGAUACUUUCAUGGCCUGUGUACUUCUGAUUAUUGGUGGACAACUCCAAUCCCUUGGGUAUCGGCUGAAAAAUUUACCUGUUGAGGAUGCUCCAAUGUGGCGGAUUAAAUUCAAGGAAUAUGUCGCAAACUACAACUCCAUAUUGAGACUAACCAGAGAGUUCGAAAAUAUAUUCUCCGGAAUGAUAUUCACCCAGACAUUGUUCAGCUGUUUGUUCAUCUGCCUGAGUGCGUUCGCGUUGGGGUUGGCGAAUGAUACUGAAACAUACAUACGUUUCCUUUCCUUUAUAACGAGCAUGCUCUAUGAGGUAUUCUUAGUGUGCUACGCAGGAGACUCUCUUACAGGGAAGUCGGAAAAACUGUUCUUCGAUUUAUAUUCAUCGCCAUGGCCAGAUAUUCCUCAAGAUUGUCGCAAAAUGGUACUAAUCCUUAGUAUGAGACUCAAUAAUCCAAUUGUCAUUAGAUUUGGGUUUAUACAGAGCCUACUACUGCAAACUUUUACAAAGAUCGUUGACGCCGCUUAUAAACUUUACGCUUUGCUGCAACAAGUUCCUGAAUGAAGGAAGCUAAUCAAAUGAUCCAAUAACCAACGACAAUGGCCGAUUUAGUUUCGCACCAACUUUAAUGUUCUAUCAGAAUUCGCACUUGUUUGCCAUUUGUUGUUAAUGAAACACGCUUAAUACUCGGAUUUUAAUGUGUAUUUUUCGAUUUCAGUUUGCUCUAAUAAUCAAGUUAA